AUGAUGAGUAAAUCUUUGAUCCGCGCUCUCGCAGCUGUCAUUGUUGUGCAGGCUAGCGAGGCUAUCCCGGCGCCAUCAGCUACUUCCUCUCCAGAGACUGAGACUACAAAUGCAAACUUCGGACCUGUACCAGGCCUAUCACAACUGUUUGACGACUAUACCGGCCUGGCACCUCCGUUUCCGGAAAAUGUGACCAAGCCUAUCCCGGCGACUGCGAUCGGCAAUCCGGCGCCAGAUGACACGUUGUGGCAGAACCCCUUCGCUGCCGAGUGGAUCAUCUACUCGUUCUACCAGCUCGCCGUCACAACCUUCAACGCUUCCAGCUUCACCGCGCUUGGUCUGCCAAACAACACGCUCCAACGCGUAACAGAGAUCCGUGACAACGAGGCUGGCCAUCUGCGCAUCUUCCAGGACAAGAUUUCGCCAUCCUCGGUCAAACCAGGCGCGUGCGAGUACGACUUCCCACUCGAUGGCCAAGCCACCAACUUCCUCGCUCUCUCGACCCUCAUCGAGAUCGCUAGCAUGGUUUUCCUGAUAGGUCUCGUGCAGGAAGCCAAGGAAGAUGUAGCAAAAGGCGCGCUGACAGCCAUCAGCCAAGUUGAGACUCGCCACGAGAUUUGGUCGCUGCUGGAGGUCUGGGGUGUUGACCCCUUCGGCGGCCCCAGCGACACCGUCUUCCCCUAUCCGAACGAGAUCCUUGAUAUUACCAACCGCUUCGUCGUGCCUGGCAGCUGCCCACACGCAAAUCCGCCUUUCCCCAACCCCUCGCAGAACUUGCCGCGGAUCGGAGUCGCAUCCUGGACUGAGUCUGUGACGGUCAGCUCGACCGUGCAGCUUAAUUUCACGGACCCGGUCAAUCAGCCUCAUUUCGAGAAUAAUGCAGAGUACUAUGCAGUUUUCUUCCACGGAGUCGACGUCAUUAGCGCGCCCCUUGUUAUGACUCAUUGGCCAGAGCAGCCGCCUAAUGUCACGAUCCCGGCAGAGUUCGAGGCCAAAGGUGUGGUAAUCAUGGUCAUCGCCACCAUGAGAGGAGCGCCUACGUUGAGCAGCGUAGUAGCUGGCCCAGCUAUCUUUCUGCAGCAGCCGGCAGAGCUGGGGAUCAAGGUGAUUUGA